UUAAGAUUAAGAUGUCAACAUUUGAUCUUAAAGUGCUUCUCUUACUCUCUCUAUUAUCUUUCAUUACUCGCAUCAAUGCUCUUCAACCUCUGCACCUUGGUUUUCAUGACUUUUCUGAUUUCAAUCGGAGUAGUUUCCCGCCAUAUUUUGUUUUUGGAACAGCCUCUUCUGCAUUUCAGUAUGAAGGUGCAGCAUUUGAAGAUGGAAAAGGACCUAGUAUUUGGGAUACUUUCACUCAUGAAUAUCCAGAAAAAAUAAGAGAUGGGGCUAAUGGAGAUGUAGCAGACGACGCAUAUCAUCGAUAUAAGGAAGAUAUUGGAUUGAUAAAGGAUUUGAAUAUGGACGCGUAUAGAUUUUCGAUAGCUUGGUCUAGAGUUCUACCAAAAGGAAAGGUUAGUGGAGGUGUAAACCGCGAGGGAAUAAAAUACUACAACAAUCUUAUCAACGAACUAUUGGCUAAUGGUUUGCAACCAUAUGUGACACUUUUCCAUUGGGAUGUUCCACAAGCCUUAGAGGAUGAGUAUGAUGGUUUUUUAAACCCUCAAAUUGUAGAUGAUUUUAGGGACUAUGCUGAAGUUUGCUACAAGGAAUUUGGUGAUAGGGUUAAACAUUGGAUUACUUUGAAUGAGCCGUGGAGUGUGAGCAUGAAUGCUUAUGCUUAUGGAAAGUUUGCACCGGGUCGAUGUUCAGAUUGGUUAAAUCUGAAUUGCUUAGGAGGUGAUUCCGGGACUGAACCAUAUUUGACUGCACAUUAUCAACUUCUUGCUCAUUCUGCUGCUACAAAACUGUAUAAGACCAAAUAUCAGCCAAUUCAAGGAGGUGUAAUAGGGAUUACCUUACUCUCACACUGGUAUGAGCCGGCCUCUAAAGCGAAAGAAGAUGUUGAUGCUGCAAAACGAGGCCUCGACUUCAUGUUUGGAUGGUUUAUGGAUCCAAUUACACAUGGAAACUAUCCAAAAAGCAUGCGAUCUUUGGUAGGAAAUAGGCUACCUAAGUUCACAAAAGAAGAAUCAGAGCAACUUAAGGGGUCCUUCGAUUUUCUAGGCCUAAACUAUUACUCAUCCUCUUAUGCUGCUGAUGCACCUCACCUACGUGCUGCGCGACCAGCUAUACAAACUGAUUCUCUUAUUAAUGCUACAUUUGAAAAAAAUGGCAAGCCCCUUGGUCCAAUGUCUGCUUCGAGUUGGUUAUGCAUUUAUCCACGCGGAUUUGGACAAUUGAUGCUUUACGUCAAGAAUAAGUACAACAAUCCCUUAAUUUACAUUACUGAAAAUGGUCGUGAUGAGUUCAACGAUCCAACACUACCAAUUGAAGAGGCGCUCAUUGAUACUUAUAGAAUCGACUACUAUUAUCGUCAUCUUUAUUAUGUUCAAAGUGCAAUCAGGGAUGGUGUGAAUGUAAGGGGCUAUUUUGCAUGGUCAUUGUUGGAUAACCAUGAAUGGGAAUCCGGCUUCAGCUUGCGAUUUGGCUUAUUCUUUGUAGAUUACGAAAACGACUUGAAAAGAAUCCCAAAACUCUCGGCGCAUUGGUUCAAGCGUUUUCUCACAAGAUCUAGCCUAGGAAAGUGUUCUCUUUAACUCAACUAAGGAUUAAAAAAAAAGUGAUAGGAAAUAAAAGAAUUUCGAUUUUAAAAAGUAUUUCUUGUACUCCAAUGAAAGUCUUCUAAAUGUUUCACUUUUAAACAAGCAUUGGUUCAAGCGUAUGUGAAUCGAAUGCUCUACGAACGCGUAAAUAUUAAUCGAGUUAUGGGUUAUGGAAGCCAUGAUGGCCCUCAGGAAUCAAAGUGUGAAUGUUAAAAAGUCAGUAUCCUCUAGAAAAUACUUGUUGUGUGUUUACUUUGUGGUAGAAACCAAAGAAAAAAACUA